AUGGGGGAGUGUCUCCGGUUGAUUGCCCAGCCCGCGUCACACCUGGCGGCCGGCGGAAAACGUGCUCCGAUCGGAAUCGAUUUAUGCCGAAUUGAUGUUUUGAGGUGGGACUCGUUCUCGAUAAAAGUGAAUGUUUCGGAUAUCCCACGGUUGAAGGAGAUAUUGCUGGCCGUGACGGAGGGUGAGUAUCUGAGGCCCGAAACUGGAUGGACGAUGUGCGAGAUCGGGGAUGAUAUUUUUCUUCUCAAGUCUCAAGGGAAUUUUUUUUUGGGGGCCCAGUGCCCCCCUGGCCCACUACAACUCUGUCACUGUGGGCGACUUCUCGGCAUAAACAUUUUAACGCUUAAGGAAAAAGUUCAGAUUGUGGUCGGGCACAAGAAAAUUAUAUUAAUAAAUCAUGAGAAUCAAGGAAGGACACUUACCACGUGGAGCAGUUGA